UUCAGCCACUCUCAGAAUAUGGGAACAAAACGUCCUCACGUCUGUCUAGCCCAGCAGGCCAGCGCGGUGCUGAGAGCGGGCCUGGUCUGCCUCCUUCUGUGUGGCCCCCAGCGUGUGCUGUCAGACUCAGAUGAGGUGGUUGGAACUGAGUGGGAGAACUGGAAAAGCACCCACGGGAUAAGCUACGAUGAAUUGGACGACAUGCAGAGGAGGGCCAUCUGGGAGGAGAAUAUGGAGAAGAUUGAAAACCACAACCUAGGGUUUCUAAUGGGGAGGAGGCCAUUUGCAUUGGGCAUGAAUAAAUAUGGAGAUCUAACAAGACAAGAGUACCAGGUUUUGCAAGGAGCCAUGAUAAACGCUCAUUUCGUAAAGCGAGGGAAGGACGUCUCGGCCAGAAGGCUGCGCUACAAUGCCCGGCGCUCAGACGCUCGGUCUGUCGACUACAGAAGAAUGGGCUUCGUCACUGAGGUCAAAGAUCAGGGUUACUGUGGCUCCUGCUGGGCCUUCAGUACAACAGGAGCGAUAGAGGGUCAACUGUUCAAGAAAACAGGUCAGCUUAUAUCAUUGAGCGAGCAAAACCUGGUGGACUGUUCGAAACCUUACGGCACCAACGGGUGCAGUGGUGCCUGGAUGGCCAACGCUUACGAUUAUGUGAUCGGCAAUGGACUGCAGGCGACUGACAGCUACCCAUACCUCUCAGUGGACACGCAGCCAUGUUUCUAUGACAGCAGACUUGCAGUUGCACACAUCAGAGACUACAGAUUCAUACCCAAAGGAGAUGAGCAGGCUCUGGCUGAUGCUGUGACUACCAUCGGCCCAAUCACAGUAGCUAUUGACGCUUCAAACCCAAGCUUCCUGUUCUACAGCUCAGGAAUUUAUGACGAGCCCAACUGUGACCCGAACCACCUAAGUCAUGCCGUGGUGCUGGUGGGCUUUGGCUCGGAAGAAGGCCGAAAGUAUUGGAUUAUCAAAAACAGCUGGGGGGCCAGCUGGGGUGAAGGCGGCUACAUGCGACUGAUCCGUAAUGGCAGGAACACUUGUGGCAUUGCAAGCUACGCCUUGUACCCGGUUCUGUGAUUACAGUAAAGCAGAGCUGAGGGUCACUGCUUCACUCUUCCACCAGAGGAGGGCUUCAGAGAACAUUUGUCACCAUUGAAAUCGUAUAAUCUUUUAUGAACUUUUCUGACAGUUUCGAUAAAUGUUCGUGCCCAGUCUCACAUCAGCCUUUUACAGUUUAUAGCCUUUCUCAGGGAUGCAGAAAACACAAGUAUUAGAGUUAGAUAUUUAAAGUUUUACUGAUUGGUCAACGUUAUCAAAACUAUAGCUAAAAGUGUAAACAAAUAAAGGGAUACUAUGUCAUUUUGAACGUACACAACCGCUCGUUUUCAUGCAAGCUGCUUCAGACAGUUCAGAAAUUAAAAAUAAAUACCAAUGACUUGGAUCUGGUCGUGCUAACAAAAAAGUUAAUUCUAAUUUAAUUCACUAACAGAAACAAUGUCUUUCACAAAUCAUCGGUGACAUCAGACCUGCAAACAUGAGCAAUAAUUUAUUAUUAAGACACUGAUUCAAAUUUUCCAAGAAACGUACACUUCAGACCCUACAAGUUAGUGUAAGCUAAUGACGGCGAUGGCUGUCUCACUUGUAUAUAAUCUCCUCUGUCAUAGUAUCAACUGCACAUAAAACAAAUGGUGUGUGAGACUUCAAAUGAGUGAUGUAUAUGCUAACUGCUGGCACUGAGCUCACUGGGUAAAGAGUUUCACCCAAUGUCUAAAACUAGUGAAACCACCGAUUUCCUUUCCGAUCCGAUAUUGAGUAAAAUUCAGGCUGGUAUCGGCGAUACCGAUUUGAUACCGAUACAUUGUGCAAAUACACCUAAUGUGCCCGUAAAUCUAAAAAAAUUAGUGUAUUUUAGACAAUUAAAGAAUACAAGACAUCGGAGUCACUUAUUUAGCUAUUAAUUUUAAAGUCAGAAGUAUACUGAGGUAUGGCCUCAUUCACAAUAUACAGUAGCUGAGCUGUUACAACAACAGAAAAACCAGUGUUUGAAAAAAGUGUUUCCAUCACUAAAAAAAGUUCCUAAGUAAAGUAAUAAUACCAUUAAAAUACAUAAGAGAAUAGUAAACAAAAAUAAGAACUACUAUAAAAAUGAAAAUGAAAAAAGUAGUUCCUACCAGCAGUGUGUCAUUUAGACAAAAUCUGAAUAGUUUAGUUACUUUCCACUGUAUUUGUGUUAAUUAUAUACAUUACCACAAAUAACUGAAGUAUCAAAAGUAUCAAUAUUUUCAUUUGAGAAUCGAUUUUAGAGCACACAGGUCUGGUUUCGGAAGUAUCGAUAUUUCAGUAUUGAUGCGCACAUCACUAUCUAAAACCCUUCUGAGAUGAUUUGUGGGUGCACACAGGACAUAACCAUCCCACAAUGUUGUUGUUCAGUAAAUUUACAUAGUCAGGCUUUGUUAAUUGUCUAAUAAUUAUUGUCUAUUUAUACAACAGCAUUGCUGUUGAAUCCUACGCUAAACAAGACAAGCCAGGGUGCUGUGUGUGCAGACACUGAGGAGUUCAAGGAUCGAUGUUAGCUGCUGUUUACUUGUAUAUGUCAUGCAGAGAAACAGUCUCCAGGCUGCAAAACGUUGGUAUUUUACUUGAACUGAUAACUGACAGACAACGGAGGAUGUGGAAACACAGCAAUUCAAUUGUGAGCCGUCCAAGGCCUCAAGUUGAUGCUUUAGUUCUUUAAAUUGCAACUGCAAAUAAACAUUAUACAUCUGUGAUCAUUGUUUUUUUUUCCUGUUGGACAUUUUUUUUACUUUUCUUAAUUUGCUGUAAUAGCUGAUCAGCUGACCAUUUCGUAAUAAAGCAGUUUUCU